CACCGGCCUCCGCCUCCCGCGGCGUCCACACUCGCCGCGCGCGCGGCGGCCGGGCUGGACCUUGCUGGCCCGCGGCGCCAUGAGCCGCAGCCUGGACUCGGCGCGGAGCUUCCUGGAGCGGCUGGAAGCGCGGGGCGGCCGGGAGGGGGCAGUCCUCGCCGGCGAGUUCAGCGACAUCCAGGCCUGCUCGGCCGCCUGGAAGGCUGACGGCGUGUGCUCCACCGAGGCCGGCAGUCGGCCAGAGAACGUGAGGAAGAACCGCUACAAAGACGUGCUGCCAUAUGAUCAGACGCGAGUAAUCCUCUCCCUGCUCCGGGAAGAGGGACACAGCGACUACAUUAAUGGCAACUUCAUCCGGGGCGUGGAUGGAAGCCUGGCCUACAUUGCCACGCAAGGACCCUUGCCUCACACCCUGCUAGACUUCUGGAGACUGGUCUGGGAGUUUGGGGUCAAGGUGAUCCUGAUGGCCUGUCGAGAGAUAGAGAAUGGGCGGAAAAGGUGUGAGCGGUACUGGGCCCAGGAGCAGGAGCCACUGCAGACUGGGCUUUUCUGCAUCACUCUGAUAAAGGAGAAGUGGCUGAAUGAGGACAUCAUGCUCAGGACCCUCAAGGUCACAUUCCAGAAGGAGUCCCGUUCUGUGUACCAGCUACAGUAUAUGUCCUGGCCAGACCGUGGGGUCCCCAGCAGUCCUGACCACAUGCUCGCCAUGGUGGAGGAAGCCCGUCGCCUCCAGGGAUCUGGCCCUGAACCCCUCUGUGUCCACUGCAGUGCGGGUUGUGGGCGAACAGGCGUCCUGUGCACCGUGGAUUAUGUGAGGCAGCUGCUCCUGACCCAGAUGAUCCCACCUGACUUCAGUCUCUUUGAUGUGGUCCUUAAGAUGAGGAAGCAGCGGCCUGCGGCCGUGCAGACAGAGGAGCAGUACAGGUUCCUGUACCACACGGUGGCUCAGAUGUUCUGCUCCACGCUCCAGAAUGCCAGCCCCCACUACCAGAACAUCAAAGAGAAUUGUGCCCCACUCUACGACGAUGCCCUCUUCCUCCAGACUCCCCAGGCACUUCUCGCCAUACCCCGCCCACCAGGAGGGGUCCUCAGGAGCAUCUCUGUGCCCGGGUCCCCGGGCCACGCCAUGGCUGACAUCUACGCGGUGGUGCAGAAGCGCGGGGCUCCAGCGGGCGCCGGGCGUGGGACGCAGACGGGGACGGGGGCGCGCAGCGCGGACGAGGCGCCGCUCUACAGCCAGGUGACGCCGCGCGCCCAGCGACCCGGGGCGCACGCGGAGGACGCGAGGGGGACGCUGCCUGGCUGCGUUCCUGCUGACCAAAGUCCUGCCGGAUCUGGCGCCUACGAGGACGUGGCGGGUGGAGCUCAGACCAGUGGGCUAGGUUUCAACCUGCGCAUUGGGAGGCCGAAGGGUCCCCGGGACCCGCCUGCUGAGUGGACCCGGGUGUAAGUCUACGCUAGUUCCUGCCUGUUGCCUCUUGUGAGCUCGGACUGCUGAUGCCCCGGCGGUGCUGAGCGCCGUGCGCAGAAUGGAAACAGUGGGCCUGGAUCAAAGUUAAAGUUUCUCAGGGUGGGAAAUGUGGGGGCUUUGCCCCAAUGACUGUAGCAUUCAAGGCUUGAGGCUGGAGGAGGUAGCUAGGGUAUAGUGGCUGGUGAGGCUGCACAGAGCAGAUUCAAGAAAGAAGAUCAGGAAGGGGCAUGACCCCUGAGUUAUGAAGGGGAGAAGGGACAGAUGAGCUUCCGGAGACUGCUCUCCUCACCAUAUAGCACUAGUCCAUCCUCAGCACCUCAGCCUCCCUCACUUGGACACUCAGGGGACCACACAGAGAAGUGGAUGGACACUUCGCCAUCCAGGCAGAACUAAGCCAGGCAUAACCACAGCCAAGCAGAUUAACCCCAGGCAGACCGAUAAAAAGACCUCCAGAUAGGCAGACAGACAGAUGGACCACCAACCUGGACAGACAGCCAAAGCUUCAGAGAUACAGUCCACAGGUGGACAAAGGGAUCCCCAGCCAGAGAGAGAGAGACCAGCCAACAGCUUGAUAGACCAGUGCAGCCAGAGAGACCACCAAACAGAGCCCCCAAAAGACAGACAUCUCUGCUAGCUGGACAGCCAGGUGGACCCCCUAAGUUAGUCAGAUUACUAGACAGAUAUAAACAGAUCCCCUGCUGAACAGAUACACAGAGUUCUCAGACCCCACCCCCACCCUCAGGUGGGCUGGCUGGCUGACAGACCUUCUGGCCAGACAGACUCCUAACCAACCAGAUGGACUGCCAGACAGGCAGACAUCAGCCACAUGGAAUCCUGACAUCCCAGCCAGCCGGCCAGACUCUCAUCUUGAUGUCUUGAUGGAUGGACCCCAGCUAGUCAGACAUGAUCCUCCAGAUUGACAGACAAGUCCCCCAAAUGAGUACACAUCUCCAGCUAUUCAGACAGAUGGACCCCCAGCAAAUCAGGCCCUAUCUAGGCAGACCCCAGCCAGACCCCCGCCAGACAGACUCCCAACCAGACUGACCCCUUGCUGUUCACACUGCCUGCCGAGUAGCUGGGACUACAGGUCUAAUUUUUUUUUUUUUUUUUAAGAAAUGAGUUUUUGCCAUGUUGCCCAGGCCGGUCUUGAACUCCCAACCUCAAGCAAUCCUCCUGCCUCAGCCUCCCAAAGUGCUGAGAUUACAGGUGUGAGCCACCAGGCUCAGCCCCCUAAGAUUUGAAACACUUUAAAUGGCCCAUGGUAGGGUUCCUGCUAGGAUAAAACAUUAAGCGGCUGUUAAAAGGAAUAAAAGGAGGACACGUCUCUGUGCA